AAUGCAGCUGCGGUCCAAAGGGAACCUGUACUGUAGGAACAAAUGGGAAUCCAAAAUGCGACUGUGAGGAAGGUUAUGCGGUGCAUAAAGGAAAAUGUAUUGAAUGUAAUUGCGGAUAUCACGGAAUUUGCUCUUUUGAUUCCGACGGAAGAAAGAACUGUGAAUGCGAUAAAGGAUACAAAGAAAAUUUUGGAAUUUGUGAAGAAUGUGAUUGUGGAUUGCACGGAGUAUGCUCUUUUGAUGUGACUGGAAAGAAGUACUGCUUUUGCCAGAAUGGAUUUAGAGAACACAUGGGAACCUGCAGAGAGUGUUAUUGUGGACGGCAUGGAAUUUGCUUUUUUGAUUCCAGUGGAGAGAAGAUAUGUAAAUGCGAUAAAGGAUACCAGGAAAUUCAUGGAAAAUGUGAAAAAUGCGACUGUGGUAAUGGUACCUGUUCCUUCGGUUCAUACGAAGAACAACGCUGUAUGUGCUAUGAAGGAUUCAGAGAAUUUAAUGGAACAUGCGAAGAAUGCGACUGUGGGUUUCACGGAACAUGCUCGUUUAAUGCGAAUGGAAAGAAAUACUGCAUGUGCAUCGAAGGAUUUGCAGAUUUUGAGGGAAACUGCACAGAGUGCAGUUGUGGAACAAAUGGAACAUGUCAUUUCGAUGUAUAUGGAAGAAAGGAGUGCAGAUGCGCCGAAGGAUUCAAAGAAACUGCAGGAGAAUGCAAAGAAUGCAGCUGCGGACCUAAUUCAGUUUGUUACUUCAGUAAAGACGGCGAAAAACGAUGUACAUGUAAAGAAGGUUUCGCAAAAUUUAAAGGCGUAUGCAAAGAAUGUAACUGUGGAUGGAAUUCAACCUGCUCCUUCGGAUACUAUGGUGACAAGCAAUGUGACUGUGCUGACGGUUUUAUUGCCUAUAAAGGAAAAUGUAGAGAAUGCAACUGUGGACCACAUUCGAAGUGCCAGCUUGUUCAAUUUAAAGGCAAAGAGUGCAUUUGCGAAGAAGGCUUUGCAGAAUUAGACGGUCUAUGCGAAAAGUGCAGCUGUGGACCAAAUUCAACAUGUCUUUUCGACUGGAGAGGUCGUAAACAAUGCAAAUGUGAAGACGGCUUUAUAGAAGAAAAAGGAAAGUGUAAAGAUGCAUGUGAUAGUUAUCCAUGUGUGCACGGAACAUGUGUGAAAGUUUUAGGAAAAGGAGUUGCCUGCGAAUGCGAAGAUAACUAUAAGGGCAUCUUUUGCCAUAUCCUAGAUCGAGGAAAUCUUGAAACGAGAAAGGAAAGAAUAGUUCUUCUGGCUGUUUUUGGAGGCUUACUGUGCACGAUUCUGAUUGUACUUUGUUUGCUCGCUUGUAUACUGUGCAGGAAGGAGUUCAAGAAAUGAACUGGAUUAGAAAUAUGAACGUUCCUCGAUAAACACACGAAAGGAUCUUGAACUGAAGUGUACUAUCUCCAUUAUAGUUUAAGCAUAUCAACUCAGGAUAUUUUGUGGCUUUUGUUAUUUUGUGAAAAGAUAAUAAAUUAUUGAUUAAAAUAUGUUU